GUACAUGCUCCCAAAAAGACGUGCUUCAAAGGCGGGCAGCCGGUGCGGCAGUCGGUCUUUGUCAAUAUGAGGUUCGGAACAUCGGUACCGAGGAACCGUGCGACUGCCGUUGUGCCUGGCUCCAGUUUAAACAAUUUUUUCUCCUCUUCGGGACUAUUCGCACGAGGGAUUAAGGUUAGGCCGUGUCCCGAUAGUUGAGUGCUCACUAAUACGGGUUUAACAAUGAAAUGCCAAACGUGCUGACUUAUCAAGCUAACGUGGAGAUCUCUGGUCCUAAUCUCAAGCUACGUCAUAAUCCCAGCUCGUUGCUUGCGUCAUUGCUUUAUCAAUGUGACCGUACUCUACAAUUUUGUUGAUUUUCGCUCCUGGUUUGCUAUCAAAACCGAGCCAUAUGGCGCCAACCCAAUGAGCUAACUUGAUGACCAAAGUCAGGACUCCAGCAAGACAAACUGUGGGCUACAACUACGACCUCCAGAGCUUUACCACAGACAAUUCAUCAGAGUUGCAUACAUGUUAAAUUAAACUCACGUGAUUUUCCAGGUUCAUUGAAGGUCUUCAUCAAAAUGACAAAACCCGUGAGGCUGCGGGCUUAUUUGCACCAAUCAUACCCUAGACCAAGCCUGACAGGAGCCGCAGAAGCCGUAAGGUCAAAGUCGCACGAGCCAUUGGCGGGGCUAAACACGGAGAGAAGUGCCCUGGCGAAAGACAACCUACGCUCACUACCCUCUCACCUUUGAAGAUUGAUUCAACGCAAGCUUCUAGGGUCCGUUGCUCGCUGUACCAUAGGCGCUUGCGCGUCAUCGCUUAUCCUAUCUACGUUGAUUUAAACAUUUCUUAGUCUCCUUUCUGGGCUUAAAACCUCGUAUCUCAGCUCUUCCCUGACGCUAUUGAUUACCAGAACCAGUCAGAGCCAGUCAAUCAGACGUUAGCAAAUCUCACCCCGCGCACGCACGCAAGUACAGUACACACACAAACAGGCAGUCAACACAAUGGCAGACCAGACAAGUCCCACCAAACAGAAUGUCACACGGCCGCAGCUGGGCUCCACGAGGAGCAGCUCAUACCUUAGUGAUCACCAGGAGUACCGCCCUCCUCGACCCGAGUCAGCUCGACAGGAUCAGCUGUUCCACGGCAUUGACACCGUUAUAGAGGACACCAGCAACUCACCCGUUCCCCAGACAAGGCCUAUCUUGCCCUUCAAUGGCAUCCCGUCUGAGGAGAACCCCCCUACUGUCGUCGACAGUGGACUGAGCCACUCGUACUCUCACCCCAAUUGUGCCCCUAGAGCUGGUGAGAAGACGGAUCGUCUUAUCGCGACCCUUUUCUAUAAGCCAAGGGGUGAGGACCAGGGCUCCAGAUCUCCCGUCAAAACCACUUUUGCGGACAGUAACGAGUCUCUGCCCGCCAACUUGGCCCCGACAACCGAUCCCAAUGAGUAUCCUCUGGAGCCGCCAACUCAGGAGUCAGAGCAGCUGGACCACAUCUAUGGUUCCUAUAUCUCACCUCUAUGCAUCACCUCAUUCCUCCACCUCAUGUCUUCAUUCCCUCUUCCUCAGGACGCCGAUGAGCCUCACUCCUCUCAUCGAUGUUUGGAUAACCAGGAGCAACCGCGCAUUGUUGAGCUCACGCUCUCUCCUACGCCAUCACCCGAAUAUCUGAGCCUGGAUGACCUGAGAAAGCAUGAGAUGAUCUACCGAUUUGAGCAGGAGUGGAACGUCGAUGUGGUCCUUCAGCGAGAUACAGUGUGGAGACGCCACCCUCGACUUGUGGUUUUCGACAUGGACAGCACACUCAUCACUCAAGAGGUGAUUGACCUUUUGGCUGAUCAUGUCAAGGAUCCCCCAGAUCUGGCUGCACGAGUUGCCGAGAUCACGCACCGUGCCAUGAUGGGCGAGCUGGAAUUUGAGGCUUCUUUCCGCGAACGAGUUGCUCUUCUGAAGGGCCUCCCUGCCAACCUGUUCGAAGGCCUUCGGCCAGUAUUGGAUGUCACCAAGGGCGUACCAGAGUUGAUCAAGGCCUUCAAGCGACUGGGUGUCAAGACAGCUGUUCUCUCAGGCGGUUUCCAGCCUUUGACAGGAUGGCUAGCUGGCCAACUGGGCAUUGACUACGCCCACGCGAACCAUGUCGUUAUUCAGGACGGCAAGUUCACAGGUGAGGUUGAGGGGGUCAUUGUCGGCAAGGAGCGGAAGAGGGAUCUUCUCGUUGACAUUGCUGCCAAGGAGGGCAUUGAUCUGUGUCAGGUCAUUGCUGUUGGCGAUGGCGCUAACGACUUGCUCAUGCUGGACGAGGCAGGUCUGGGAGUUGCAUGGAACGCAAAGCCUCGUGUUCAGAUGGAAGCUAACGCCCGCCUGAACGGAGAGAGUCUUUUGGAUCUCUUGUACCUUCUUGGAUUCACUUCCGAAGAGAUUGAUGCGUUGGUUGUUUAGUUGUCGGCAUUGAGUUCAGACAAAGUUGUCACAAGACUGGUGAAGACAGGAGUUUAGGAUAUUACAAGGAACGCCGGGUGUUGUAGUAGUGAGUGAUGAGAUACCAAGAAGCAACGAGAAACAAGAGUUAUUUUGUGACGUAUGUGGAAUCAUACCACGUCACUGGUGUGAUUGGCAGCCCAUGUGAACAUAUCCAGACCAGCCUUUCGCCCGGUCAAUUCCCGUGAGCCAGAGAUCAGGCACAGACACAAUGAGGCCAGAGACAAGUCAAAUUAUAGUUGAAAGACACAAAGCUAAGAAAAAUCGCGGCGCGUCGUAUGUGAACUAUGGGUGGUUGCUUAGAUCAAGCCCAUUUUGUCCUUCUUCUUUCUACACAGGGCGUGAGAGACCUGACUGAUCCAACUCAUAAGCUCCCCCCCCCAUUCCCUACAAUACAUGCUUGUUCAUGUAGCCAGCUCCAACAUCAUUCCAAACUCGUGAUUUAAGGGUAUCCGUCCUUGCCCCACUUGUUGUACUUUUCAUGAAGCUCGGCGGGAAGGGUGACGUUGGGAACGACGACAACGUUGAGAGCGCUGGGAGCGUCCUUGGGAGCUGCGUUGGGGUCACCGCCGGGGUGGUACUGGUACUUGCCAGAGCUGCCGCUCUCCCAGGGGUGAGUAGCAAUGGUGACGGGAGACUCGGAGGUAGCGCCAGUAGGAGAUCGGCCUGAAGAUGGCGAUGUCAGCAAUUGCUUCAGUUUUGACAUAUCAAUUGAUUUCCGUACCAAGGUAGUAGCCAGCACCGCCAAGGGCAGCAACCAUAACACCACCGAGAAUCUACAGAUCAUCCAUCUACUUCCAAGGGUGGGCCGAGGCAUUAUGACGCACCAGAAUCUCAGGGUUGCGACGAGACUCCUUCUUGAGCUCAGCCUUCUGGUGCUCCUGGAAGCGGCGGGCGGUGGUGGAGAGGAAUCGGCGGGAGAUGCGAGAGGCCAUUUUGACGACGUGCUUUUGUGUGCUGUUGAAGAAUGGGUUUCUACGUCGGGG